ACAAAGAUUUGAUUAGGGUUUCUGUUUCUCACUUCUCUCCGCUAUCUCACACUCUCUCUCUCUCUCUCUCUCUCUCUCUCUCUCUCUCUCUCACAACACAUCAAUGGAAGCAAUCACAGAAGGAGUUAACAACGUCAACAUCACCGAUUCUAUCAAGAAGAAUCGUAUUCAAGUCUCAAACACCAAAAAACCCCUCUUCUUUUACGUUAAUCUCGCCAAGAGGUAUAUGCAACAGCAUAAUGAGGUUGAGCUUUCAGCACUAGGAAUGGCUAUUGCCACAGUGGUUACUGUUGCUGAAAUUUUGAAAAACAACGGGCUUGCUGUUGAAAAGAAAAUCAUGACUUCGACAGUUGAUAUAAAAGACGAUUCUAGAGGCAGACCAGUCCAAAAAGCCAAGAUUGAAAUAUUACUCGGGAAGACUGCAAACUUCGACGAGUUGAUGGCUGCUGCCGCAGCAGCUGCUGAAAGUGGCGAGAAUGGAGAUAUUGAAGAGCACACUGCGUGAAGAUUAUCAAUAUCUCACAUGUCUUUGGUUUUGUCAUCUUGAAUGAAUUGUUUGAUUGUUGUUAUUGUUAGUAGAUAGCAGACAAGCAUAGAAUUUGUUAUAGCCUGACAUGCAAUGUUGAGCUACCUUAUUCCUUCAUUUCUUUUCCUUAUAAAUAGUAGCUUUUAUAUUUCAUGUU